GGGAUAUCCCCUGCCUUGACCCAACUACUUCUCAUAGCGCAGCGCACCGCCCGGCACAGCUUUCGACAGACGGCAUUUCGCGCAGUCCAAAGUGAAGGGAUAUCGAGGCGAUUGACCGGCGUUGGAACCCAGCAAUCUCGCAAUCGCGCGGCCACCCUUGAGCGCAAAACUUGGCGACGAUGGACGGCUACGAUCCCAUGGCCAUGGACGGCGAGUCGGAGCAGGCUCAGGUCAUCAUCUCUGCCGCCGAUCACACACACGUCGACUUUGAACUCUCCAAGACCAACCUGCCCUUUGCCAACGCCCUCCGCCGAAUCAUCCAGGCCGAAGUCCCGACAAUUGCGGUCGACCUUGUAGAAAUCGAGACCAACACGUCGGUGCUUGCCGACGAGUUCAUUGCCCACCGUCUGGGCCUGAUCCCGCUCAGCUCCAAGGGCAUCAACGAGCUCAACUACUCGCGCGACUGCGACUGCGAACAGUACUGCGAGCAAUGCAGUGUCACGCUUACGCUGCAUGCCAAGUGCACGUCGGACGACAUUAUGAAGGUGUAUGCGCGAGACUUGGUCGUUGACGGCCGCCAUGCCAGCGCCAUCGGCACGCCCGUUAUCAACGAGGCGUCCGACGGCCUGGGCUGUCUGCUGGCCAAGCUGCGCAAGGACCAGGAGCUGCGUCUGACGUGUAUUGCAAAGAAGGGCAUUGCAAAGGAGCACGCCAAGUGGAUGCCCACCUCUGCUGUCGGCUUCGAGUACGAUCCUCACAACAAGCUGCACCAUCUUGACUGGUGGUUUGAGAACAACACAGAUCCCGAGAAGGAGUGGCCCAAGAGCAAAUACGCCGAGUGGGAAGAGCCCCUGCAAGAAGGCGAACCCUUCAACUACGACGCCAAGCCCAACCGAUUCUACUUUGAGGUCGAGGCCGCCGGCACCAUGGAGCCGGACCAGAUCAUCCAGUCGGGCAUCCGUGUGCUGCAGCAAAAGAUUGGUGGCCUGCUCAAGGGCCUGGACCCGCGCAAGUACGGCGGCGAAGAGGCCGACAUGGACGGCCCGCGCAGCCCCGAUAUGAACAUGGAGACUGGCGGCGGCUGGGGCGACCAGGGCUACACAACACCCUACGGCGGCGGUAACAAUACUGCGUACGGUGGAGGUCCUGGUGGUGGUGCAGGCACGGCGUACGGCGGCGAUCCUGGAUACGGGACGACGCCGUACGGCCAGAACCAGUGGUAGAAUAACAGAAAAGACAGAUGGAGUGAGAAAAUGUCUUGGUGGUGUUGCAGAGGCGCUUUGCUUGCUAUUUACGAAAUUUUGUCAACUUUGGGCAUAGGGGCUUUUUCAUUUCAUGUACAAUACGGAAUAUAAAAAAAUCAAGACACAUUCACCAGCUGGGAGCAUACACAAACAUAUGGGUAGAACAUGGACACCCUAUGAAGCCACAGAGGUGUGUAGCAUAGGAGACAGGCGAUGAUGAAGACGUUAAUUGGUGAAAUAAUAAAUAAAUAUUCCCAUUUCUUCAAUCAAAUGGUUGUGUUGGCUGCUCAGUUUGUAAUGACAAACCGUCUAUACCCAGCACGUUAGAAGUUAAAGCAGACCGAAAUUCUAAAAAAACGCCCAUGAAAAAGAAAAGAAACCAUGCCAAAAGGCCCCCGUGGCCGACCUCCUUUUUGAGUUAUGUUUGUGUGUUUCUAUACGGGCGUCUCAUUAAGGCCCUUGACCUGUCUAUAUGCUUUGCGGUGGAAUUCGAGGAAGAUAAAUGUACAAAUGGUGUGUCUAGCGAGGUAUGGUUAGCAUAUGUUGUAUACUGGCGGCAGAACGGCUACUUACGGUCCUAAUCGCAGGAAACUGGGCACCCAGCCCUUGAACAUCCAGCCGAGGCCUUCUGUCCGUGUAAUGUCCUUGACCAGCGUUACAACGCUCUGCUUGUUGGCUGCCGACAUGACGCGGGUCUUGAUGACGUCAAUGGGGCUCGUCGCCGUAGCGGCUGCCAGACCGGCCAAAAAGGAAGCAGAAAAAUGCGUCGUCAAAUUGUCGCCCAUGGGCGUGUAAUCCAUGAGCAGCCUCUUAAAAGUAUCGUACGUCGCUAACUGGCCUGCAGUCAUGACGGCGGCGCGGCUGCUGUUGGGCAGCCAUCCGCGAAAGUAGCUACCAAAGCCCUCUUCGCGCGCCAUGCGGACCAUGCCGUCCACGGCGUGCUUGUAGUUUCUGCGCUCGGCAGGCGGCAGAGCAGCAUCGUGCUGCAUGCGCACGUUGAGGACGUCGGCAAAGUUGCCGGCAAUGCCGCCGAGGAAGCCGGAUGUGAUGGCCAUGGCGCUCAGGGCUGGGAAGGUAGCCUCGCGGCCACUUUUCGUGUAGCGAGAUUUUAAUUCUUCGUAUACGCCGAACCGGACCGUCGAGUAGGUAAGCUGUCGAAGGAGGGAGGCUGAGAUGCCCGAGUAGAGGCCGAGAAAGCCGUCUGUCUUGACAAUCUUGACAAAAGUUCCGCUCAUGUUUUUGGGCGCAUCGCCGCUCCGUGUUUGCAGUCGGACCUGACGGAUUGGUUAGUAAGAGUGUAUGGAAAUCGCUGUUCGUCGUGUAGUAGUACCUUGACUGUUGAGAGGAAGACAGAAUGUUAGCUAUGCAAAAGAAUAGUGCGGCGACUGGUGGACAGAUAUGCAUACCAAGAUCUAACGGAUGUGUGACGCAGGCGGCCAUGCUGCUAGCGCUGCCGCCGAACCAAAAGGGAUAACGAACAGGAGGAGCUCGCUUCUUCCUCCGCGCUUCAGCCCGCGACUUCAUUGUGCUUUUGGGCUGGUCUGGUUUGGGCUCCUCUGCGAACGCCAUGGUGACGGGGGGUGGUCUGGCGCAACAAGGGGAAGAAUAAGAAAAAGAGUUGGAGUAGAUGAGGUUAUAACGGCAUUACACGAUGCAGUUCUGAAAGAAGUAGUAUGAAUAGAGUCAAUUAAAAAAGAAAAAGAAAAUGCAGCGGGCCAGCCAAUGAUCGAGGCUGCUUCUCCAACGGCUGAUC